AUGAAGCAGGGACAAGGAUUCCUGCUUGUAUUUUCUAUCACAAGCAUGUCAUCACUGAACGAACUCUCUGAAUUACGGGAACAAAUAAUUCGCAUUAAAGAUGACGAGAAUGUCCCCAUUGUCAUUGUGGGCAACAAGUCGGACUUGGAAGAGGACCGCGCAGUGCCUCGUGCUCGCGCAUUUGCUCUUUCUCAGAGCUGGGGCAGCGCACCAUACUACGAGACCUCGGCUCGUCGACGAGCCAACGUCAACGAGGUUUUCAUCGACCUCUGCCGCCAAAUUAUCCGAAAGGAUGCUCAAGGGAGCUCAACAAGCGAAUACGACGUUGCGCCACGCAAACGUGAAGGUCAAAGCCGACAGGAGAGAAAACAAAGACGACGACAGACCAAGCGCAAAGGACCCUGCGUGAUUCUCUAA